GUUGUUCGCGCCAUUUUCUCGAGUCUGUCAGGUGAAGCACCUGUGCGCGAGGAUGGAGUUCGCGCCUCUGCAUGUCGUAGGACAAACGCCUGGUUGCAGGCUGUGAGCGUGCGAUCGCAGGGCUUUUCUUCAGGAAUUGUUGGUAAUGAGAAGGAGCAGCCCCUCUGCCAGCUGGCGGGUCUCCAGAUGUGUGUGGCUGCUGAUUGGAGGAGGCUGUACUGGUGGGUGGUCCUCCAGUGGGUAGUGGGCGUGGCCACCUCAGGGCCCUGUGCCCAGCGCUGCGACUGUACACCGAAGCUCUCGCUGGUAAACUGCUCCUCUCGACAGCUGUCUGCUGUUCCCGAAGGUGUUCCCGAUGCCACGCAGGUGCUCAACCUGACCUACAACCACCUGAAGACGCUGUCCAGCCGCCAGUUCUUCAGUCUGAGGCAGUUACGCGAGCUGGAUCUCAGCGCUAACAUGCUAACGGUGAUCGAAGUGGAGGCUUUCGUAGGUCUCCAGAACCUCGUCACACUGAGAUUGUCCCGCAAUCGGCUGAAGAUUAUCCCAGUGGGAGCUUUCUCAGGCCUUCCCAAUGUUCAGUUUCUGGACAUCAGUGAAAACGAGAUCUUAGUCUUGCUGGAUGACAUGUUUGGAGAGAUGCCGUCGCUGCAGAAGCUGGAGGCGAGCGAGAAUGAUCUAGUGUUCAUCUCGAACCGUGCGUUCAGCGGUCUGCCCAAUCUGCUGGAGCUGCGUCUGGAGCGCUGUAACCUGACGACGGUGCCGAGCGAGGCGUUCUCGCGGCUGACGGGCCUCCAGCACCUGCGCUUCUGCAGACUCGGCCUCACCGCGCUGCCCAACAACUCCUUCCGUCAGCUGCAGCGGCUGCAGGAUCUGCACGUGUCCCGCUGCCCCUGGCUGCACACGCUAGCGGCUAACAGUCUAAUCGGCCUCAAUCUGACCUCACUGACGCUGUCGCACUGCAACUUGAGCGCCGUCCCGUACGCACCACUGCAUCAUCUGGUGUACCUGCGCUACUUGGACCUGUCCUACAACCCCAUCACCACUGUCCUCUCUGGACUCCUUGGUGACUUAUUACGGCUACAGGAGCUUCAUUUAGUCAGCACUGGACUGUUGCAUGUUGAAUCUGGUGCUUUUCGUAAUUUAGCAUUUUUUCGGCUCCUCAAUGUUUCGGAUAAUCGUUUGGUGACUCUAGAGGAGUCUGUGUUCCACGCGGUCGGUUCUCUGGAGGUGCUACGCUUGGACGGGAACCCGCUAGCGUGCGACUGCCGGCUGCUGUGGGUGAUGCGCAGACAUCUGCGGCUCCAUUUCGCGGGACAUGCGCCCUCUUGUGUUUCACCUGUGCAGGUGCAGGGCCGCAUGUUCCAGGACUUUGUGGAGUCAGAGGUGGCGAGGACGUUCACCUGCAGACAGGCUCGUAUUCUGACCCGUAAACCGCAGGAUGUGCGGUCUGAUGAAGGACAUACGGUGCUGUUCUUCUGUGCAGCUGAUGGAGAUCCUGCGCCGUCGAUUAUCUGGCUGAACCCCAAACGGUCGGUUCUCACCGCGUCCGGCCGCAUUCGUGUUCUCCCGAACGGGACUCUGGAGGUGCGCUACGCUCAGGUGCAGGACAGUGGAUAUUACCUGUGCAUCGCCUCUAAUGCCGCUGGGAAUGACAGUAUAUCCGUAAGCCUGCGUGUUCGGGGGUUUCCGGCAUCCUCUAGGAACCGCUCGGGAUCCUUUUUCCUGGACGGCUGGAGCUUUGCGUCAGGACAGACUGCGGUCAACGGAUCGCAGCCAUUCCCGUUCGAUGUGAAGACGCUGGUGAUCGCCGUGACCAUGGGCUUCCUGUCGUUCCUCAGCUCAGUAGCGCUCUGCUUCAUCUUCAUGUUUUUCUGGAGUCAGAGUAAAGGUCAGAUCAAACACACCGCCACCAUACAGUUUGUACCACGCAGCUCCGCGUCCACCACCGCAGGACGGAGCACCAUGGAGACCGGACGCUUCACCAUGAAGCUCAUCUGAAUAUCACAAGCUCAUCUACGUAAUCUCAAUGGAGCCUUUCCACAUUCGUGCGUUUCUCAGCAUUGGGAGCGGUCAUAGUGCAGAGCGCAGUGAAUGGGAGAGAACAGCAAAUCAUUUACUACCAUCCUAUCAGCUGAAAUAAUAACAGAAACACUCCAGGAUGAGGUUAUCAAGACUUUCAGAAGAGGAAAACACUAGUGUGAGACUGAUAACGGCAGCCAGAAGACAGAAUCAUGCAGAUUUACUGUCGUAACUUUUUGAUUUAGCGGCUAAUCCGUAUUCAUUUGUACCACCUCAUUAAAUUGAUUGGCAGAUCUGCAGCUGGUGUUGGCGCGUCACAGUUGCUGUAAUAUUUGUCUUUUCUUUUCUUUUUUCAGUGUAAUAUAAUAUUCGGACAUCAUGGCGUGUUUUUGUUGUAUAUUCGCGUGAGACCGCCAGCGUGUAAAAAUGUU